AUGUUAUCGAAACUAAUUUUGCUGUCAUUAAUUACUUUCAUUUGGUUUGGCACAAUUUGCAGAGCAGAGGAGGAAAAGGGGAAAUGCGGCCAUCCAAAAACAGAUUACAGUCCAUGUGUCACUAGGAGUCAAAGCGACGUACUGUUCCGCCAAUGUUGCCAACUAUACGUACCAGAAGGAUGCCAUGAUUUAUGUCAAUACGAAAUUGAAGAGAUUCCAGCUCGAAAUUUGUUAAUAAAAACAAUUGCAUCUAAAAAAUGUGGCCUGAAACAUAUCAGUGCUAUACUCUAUUGUGCUUCACAAAAUCAGGAUAAUCGCAAAUGUUGUCAUCAUUUGAAUUUAGCGGACAAUAAAUUAGGAGUUGGUGAUCGUUGCUUACGAUUUUGUGAUCCAGCAGGACAAGGAAUUAAUGCCAUCAGUAAGAGUGAUGCAACGUGUCUGUUUAACUUGAACGUAAUAUUAUACUGUCAUCAAAGUGGUAUCCCACUAGAUUGA